AUGGCCAAGAUGGCGCAUCAGCUGGCAGAGGUAGAGGGUCCCCUGGACGCUAACCAAGCCGGGGAGCACGGAAAAGGUGUUUUGAGGCGCUGCAGGGGGCGACCCAGGCUCACAGACUCCGACCGAGCACAGAGGCGUCUUGAAUCCAGAAAGAAGUAUGAUGUCAGGAGGGUGUACCUCGGAGAGUCGCACAAGCUGUGGAGUGAGCUCCGCAGGCGGACCAGUCUGAGCGACGCCGGGCUGGCAGAGUACCUCAUCCUGCUCAACUCUACCUAUGGAGAAAAAUACCAGCAGAAAUACUGCGGAAAGAAGAUUGCCCCAGAAGUCUCAGUAAAACAGAAAAGAGGUAGGAAGCAGCGUGUGUCCAGCCUCCAAAGUCUGGUGUGUUGGUACCAGGAGCACUCGCGCUCUUGCCCCCACGAGCCCCAGCUCAGAGCUCUGGAGUCCCAGUCUAACUUCUCCACCUCUGCAAUCUGGCAAUGUGAAGCCAACCACUCGUUUGUGCAAUACCUUUUCUCGCCUCUAGGGGAGGCAAGUGACUCUGAGCAUGAGGAGGGAGUGAACGGGGACAGCGAUGGGGAGCGUGCAGUCAAAACAGACGUGCCUGUAGCAAAAACCAUAGUGAACAGGAAGAGAAGGAAGGAGGCUCACAAACAGUUUAAAGAUGUGGGAGAAAAUGUGGAUGUUUCUGAGGUACUUGAUGAAACUGUGAGCCAGGUAGAAGAGGCUUUAACUCCAAACCAUGAGCCCAGCAUAGUGACCUCUUCCAAGGAUGCUUCACUGACAGGACAGCCUAUCUGGGAGGUGGAGAUGGUGCAGCAGCAAGGCUCCCUCACAGGAGCUUUUCACUCUGUCCCUGCAGACCAAGGGGAGGAGACUGAAGAUCUGAGGGAAGGGAAGGAUGGAGGGGAAGGAGAAGAGGAAGUCAGGACUGUUAGGCAUGAUUACGAGUGCGUUAUGACGGCAUCCUUAGCCGAUGAACUUGACAAGUCCGAUGAGGACUUGGUGCUGUCACAGAGCCUGAGUGGCUCAUUGCGACUGGGUGCUCAGCCAGAACUGUCAGUCCCACCACCCAUGGAGGCCCAAGAGCAGAGCGAACUGUUUGAGCCUCAGACUCUGCAGACGGUGGUGACCAGCUGUGAGAUUCCUGACCAGAGGACAGCUUUGGAGGGCUCACAGUUAAUUAUCAUCACUGGCCCCAGCUAUGAGGCCCUGGCAUCUGAGGGAAUCCAGCUCAACAUGGGAGGUGGAAAUGUGGAGGAAGUCACCUGCACUGUCAUCGGGGGUGUCACCUACAACCAGGUGUGCACGUCUGACUCAAAAAUCAGGACAGCAGAGGACGAGGACUCCAUGACAGGUUUGAGUGACAAACAGCUGCUGCAGCCCAGUGUUGAUACGUUGGAGCUGAGUAGUGACAGACAGCUGCAGAGGAGUCUGAACAGUGUCAGGUCAAAGAGAAGCAGACGAGGUCCGGUCAUCGAGGCCGAUGGGAUGCUCAAGAUGUUCCACUGUCCAUACGAGGGCUGCAGUCAGGUCUAUGUAGCAAUUAGCAGCUUUCAGAAUCACGUGAACCUAGUUCACAGGAAAGGAAGGACCAAGGUUUGCCCUCACCCUGGCUGUGGAAAAAAAUUCUACCUGUCAAACCAUCUGCAUCGCCACAUGAUCAUCCAUUCGGGAGUUAGAGACUUUAUCUGUGAAACUUGUGGAAAGUCAUUCAAACGCAAAAAUCAUCUGGAGGUUCACAGGCGGACCCACACAGGAGAAACACCACUUCAAUGUGAAAUCUGCGGCUACCAGUGUCGUCAGCGCGCAUCUCUGAACUGGCACAUGAAGAAACACACUCCAGAGGCCCACUACAACUUCACCUGUGAGUUCUGUGACAAGAGGUUCGAGAAACUGGACAGUGUCAAAUUCCACAAGUUAAAGAGCCACCCAGACAAGCAGGCAACCUGAGGUGUUUGGACACUGCUAAUACAAGCUUAGCCAUUACUGGCUGGACCUUCUGAGACCUAAGGAAGACUUCCAGUGAAGAGAAGGACUUUGCUGUGUCUGUCUUGCCUUGCAUGUCCAGGACAAUGAACAUCACCGGUGUUCUUACAGGCUGAGGAUGAAGGCAGAAGACUAACAGCUGUGCAGAACACAAGCUGUGUCAGAAUCAGAAGCUAAUUUCUGCUUAUUUUCAUUUGUUAAACAUCCAGAGUGAUUUCUAAAUGUUUCAAGCAAUUUUUUGCUGACCAGACUUAGCAAAAUCAGUCAGGAUUAACAUUAGUAUGUUUUCCUUUAUCAGGACUGUCUCCAAAAUUAAAAAAGAAGUGUUUAAGCAUAGCUGUGUACAUUAGCAAGGCCAGCUAACUAGCUUAGUAGAAAUCAUUGCUUUCCAAGCUAGUAGUGUUUUACACUUUAAUCAUUAUUUGGGGUUAGAGAAGAAAAGUGCACAUUCAUGACCAGCCAUACACUGUGUAGUAUUUCCCACUCUGUGGGAGCCGAUUCAGGAUGCUGCUAGAUCUGAGAUUGGCUAAUUGUAGCACCUGUGUGUUUACUGGACCUGAGGAACGUUCCAGCAGAUGUUUUUUUUGGCAAACGUACUGCUUUCCUCUGGCUUAGACCAACAGCCAAGUAAAAGUAAAUCUUUUUGUAGGUCCUGGAAAGUGUUCUCCAGUUAUGUAACAAAUGGUAUGAUCUGUUUUAAAGACCGUGUCUGAUUUUAAUCUUUUUCAUUAAUGCAUAACCAGGAAGAUUUCCAGAAACAAUUUGAUUCAAUUUUAUUUAAUUUAUGUAGCACCAAAUCCCAACAGCUGCUCCCUCGAGGCGCUUUAUAUUGUAAGGUGAAGACCCUACAACAUGAAGCCCAGCAAUCAUACGACCCCCUAUGGGCAAGCAUUUGGCAACAGUGGAAAGGAAAAAAAACUCCCUCUUAACAGGACGAAACCUCCAGCAGAAUGCAGAAUGGUGUAUAAACAGUGAAACAAGGUGAAUGAAAAGAAACAGUGUAUCAUGAGAACCUCCCAGCAGCCUAGGCCUAUUGCUGCCUAACUCAGGGAGGGUUCAGGGUCACCUGAUCCAGUCUUAACUAUAAGCUUGAUCGAGAAGGAAAGUUUGGGUUUUUCGGCUCUGCCCAUCAAAAAGCAACAUCUUCACCUGCUUUAAAUUUAGCUAAUCUCAAAUUCAGAGUCCCUUUUGAAGCACUUUGAGUUUACCAGCAGCAUUUCUGUGUUUGAAUCAAUCCCCAGAAGUCUUGUUCUGAACACUUGCACUCUGCUAUUGGACCUCAAAGUUGGCAAAAUUUUUUGUGUCAGACUGACUAAGAAAGUACCUGCAGCUGCUUUGUUAUAUCCUAAGGGAUUGCCACAGCAGAUGGAUCCACAGGUUUUUAUUUAGCACAGAUUUUAUGUGAGGUUUCCUGGCACAACCCUAGCAUUUAUCCAGGCCUGGGACCAGCACUAGGAAUACACUAGUUUGCGCCCCCCUGAGGCUGGGUUUGUGUCUCUUCCUGGAAUUGAUUCAGGGAUCUUUAGCACGUAAGGUGAAGGUGUUAACCACUACACCACAGAGCUGCUAGACUAACCUGAGAAUCAUAACUGUUAAUGAGAGCUAUGAACCAGAAAACAAACUGCAGUUUUUAGCUUUCUUUGUCGUUCACAAGUUCGGCUGUAACAUCCUGAGCUGUCUGAGGAAGAACAUUAGUCGGAAACAUUGGAAUCCUCAAAUAGCCAAAAAGUAUCAUUCGUGCUCUAUCAGUGCAGUAAAAAGUUACCUUUUUUUUUUAACCACCCUGAUGAUCAUCAACCUUCCUACUUGCUACAUUUGGCUUCCUGCAUCUUCCCCAAAGCUAAAUUCAAAAUGAAGAGAGUGGUUCUGACAUGCUUGAGGAGAGUUGUGUUUUUUAUAGGCAGAUGGCACAACAUGACUGCAUGUAUAGAUGCAAAUGUAGGUUUUUCUGUUUCAGUCACUCAAAGUGAACGCCGGCCGUGUUGGCCAGGACAGCAGUAUUUAUUUUACAUUUUUCUUUUAUCUGUUUUCACCAUCCUAGUGUCCCAGGCACUGAUGAGAAAGCACGUGAGAUUAAUGUGACAGUUUCUCAGGUAUAUUCACCUUUGUCCUCAUGUCCUGUGAUACAGUUUCUAAGAAAAUGCACUUUUUUUUUUUUUUCCUCUUCUGUCACUUUUGUUAACUGGUGAAUCACUAAAAUAUGUCAAUAUGACUCAUGUUUUGUGCUGUACCUUUCUUUUUCUUAACCACACUUAUAUGCAUAUGAUUAAUAUGCAGGUUAUUUAUGCCUUUUACAUAAUGCAGUCCAGUGUGUGCGUGUGUGUCUGUGUGUGGUUGUGAGGUUAUGUGAGUCUGCAUAAGUAGCAAGAAAUGGCAUAAAAAAGCAAAAGUGCCAUGACACCUAGUCAUGAAAUCUUUUCACGCCUUCUUAGGCAGAUGAAUGUUGGACAUGUGUAGGUGGUUUGAACGUGAUCAUUUCAGUGUAACAUUUAGCUUGGGGGACAUUGGACUUCUGGUCACAUUAAAAUACUGAGAUGAGAUGAUUAAGAAAGAAAUUAGACAUUUUAAGAGUGAAAUAUUAGGUAACGUGUAAUAUCUUGUCUUUUAUGUCUGUUGCACUUUAGCUCAUCAGCUACACAAUUGGCAUGUCAGUAUUUUUCUCGUGUAAAUCAUCUAUUCUUUCUUGGACAGUUGAGUAAGUGGUUUCUCAUCAAGUUAUGUGAUUUUUCAGGUAAAGCGAAUGUGACAGUGUAAGCAACAUGAGGCCAAAGUCUGAGGAGUGCUCAUCUUGCUGACUGCCAACUUUCCACCUAUUUAAAGUGAACCGGUUAUGAUUUCAUAUACACAUACCGGCCUAUUUAUUGAAUAUACCUUGCUAGUACUGGUUUGGUCCCCCUCUUGCCUUCAGAACUGCCUGUAUUCUUCUUGGCAUAGAUUUUUGGUCCAUGUUAACAUGGUAGCAUCAGA